UUCUUCUUCUUCUUCUUCUUCAUCCCUUCUCCUCACUGUCCUAAUUUUCUAUUCUUAUUCUCAUUCUUAUUUCUCCUUCAAAUUCUGCCAUGCUCUGUUGUCUCUUGUGAGCACACACUUUCUCCUCCCUACAAAUCUCUCUUCCUACCUCUAUACGACUGUUUGUUUGUCCAUCGGCCCACCCCCGCGCAAAGCCGAUAACUCCGCACCUCGUUCGUCAUGCUUGAAUGGCCUUUUUCCUUUCCCUACCCGGCCGCCAAAGUUGGGUAUUGGGGUCCUGUAACAUCCACCUUGAACUGGUGUGAGGAGGACUACUAUGCCACGAUCUACUCGGCGGAAAUCGUCAACACCGUGACAAACCUUCUGUUUAUGUGGCUGGGCGUCAAGGGAAUUCGCAGCUGUCUCCGUCAUGAACACGACCAGAUCUUCCUCGUGGCCUACUGCGGCUAUCUUGUGGUUGGGACAGGCAGCUUCCUGUUCCACUCGACCCUCAAAUAUCCCAUGCAGCUCGUGGACGAACUCUCCAUGAUCUACACCACCUGUCUUAUGUGCUAUGCCUCCUUCUCGUACUCGCGCUCGGUCCGCACCCGCGUCAUCCUCGCGAUAUCCCUAACCAGUCUCGCCGUCUUCAUCACCCUCUACUACCACUACCUGCAAGACCCCGUGUUCCAUCAGAACGCGUACGCGCUCCUGACCACCGUCGUGGUCAUCCGCAGCAUGUGGACUAUGGAGAAGACCCUCCGCCCGUCCCUGCGACACACCACCGAGGAAGACCGCCUGGCGCGCCAGAAGCAGGGCCUCCCCGUGCCGUCCAAGGAGUACCAGCACUACGAGAACGUGCGCGACAUGAAGACGCUCAAGACCAUGUGGUUCAUGGUCGGGUACGGCCUGGCUAUGUUCCUUGGCGGCUUCGCCAUCUGGAAUCUCGACAACUUCUUCUGCUCCACCGCUCGCCGCUGGCGUCGCACUGUCGGUCUGCCGUGGGGUAUCAUCCUGGAAGGACAUGGCUGGUGGCACAUCAUGACCGGCCUCGGCGCCUACCUCUACAUCAUCUGGGGCAUCUGGCUCCGCCACUGCCUGAACGGCCGCCAGGAGGAGUACCACCUGCGCUGGCCCCAUUUCUGGAACGUCCCCGAAGUGGUCCGCACCACCCCGGAGCAGGCGCGCGCGAACGGCGCGCCCAAGAAAUCGAACUGAGCCGUUAUAGACUGGGGGAUAUGAUAUAGACUCAAUCAAAUUGAUAUUUUUGUCUGUUGAAAGCGCGCAGGCCAGGAGCCUCGGCGUUUUGCUUUGUUUUUUUGGGGUGUUAGAUAUGCUUUGCAGUUGUUUUCUAUCAUUCUUAUUCUUUUUUGUUUCCUCUUAGAUUGAUGAACUUGAGCUUGG